UCUCCCAACUACCUAUCUGGCCAGAAGUCCAUCUCCUUUGUGGGCUGUGAUCAGCAUUUCCUCUAUUUGACUCUGGGUGGCGCUGAGUGUGUUGUCCUAGCUUCCAUGUCCUAUGACCUCUAUGUUGCAUGUCACCCGCUGCGCUACACUGUUCUCAUGAACAGAAAGGUGGGACCGAUGAUGUCUGCCAUGUCUUGGUCGGGAGCAUCAGUAAACUCCCUCAUUCACACAGUGAUCCGGAUGCACUUCCCCGUCUGUGGGCCUCAAGAAAUCCACCACUUUUACUGUGAGUUUCCAGCUGUUGUGAAGUUGGUAUGUGGAGACAUCAUUGUUUAUGAGCCCACCGUUUACAUCAGCGCCAUCCUACUUCUCCUCCUCCCCAUCCUCCUGAUUUCUGCAUCCUGUGUCUUCAUCCUCCACAGUGUCAUUCAGAUGCGCUCAGCUACGAGUAAGAGAAAUGCCUUUUCCACUUGCAGCUCUCGCCUCACCGUGCUUUCCCUCUGCUUUGGUGCCUGCAUCUUCUCAUAUAUGAGGCCCGGGACCCAGCGCACUGCACUGCAACACAAAGUUGGUUCUGUGUUCAACAGCACCAUCACUCCCACACUGAAUCCUUUAAUUUAUACUCUCCAGAAUAUGGAUGUAGCUAAGACUCUGAGGAGAGUGCUGUGGAGAGAUCUUAUCACUAAAAGAACGGAAGUGCCGUUGCCCUGA